AUGGCGGCCGCCAGGUGCCUGCGCUGGGGUCUGAGCCGAGCCGAGGCCUGGCUGCUGCCGCCGCCCGCGCAUUACUGCCACCGGGGUCUGCACAAACAGGUAGAGGGCACCGAAUUCCGGAGCGCCUACAGCCUGGACAAGCUCUAUCCGGAAUCGCGGGGCGCGGACACCGCCUGGAGGGUCCCGGACGACACAAAGCAAGGCAACGAUGACAUUCCUGUAGAUCGCUUGACAAUAUCUUACUGUCGGAGCAGUGGUCCUGGGGGCCAGAACGUUAACAAAGUGAACUCCAAGGCCGAAGUCAGGUUCCACCUGGCAAGCGCCGACUGGAUCGCAGAGCCCGUGCGGCAGAAGAUGGCCCUCACGCACAAAAAUAAGAUCAACAGGGCGGGAGAGCUGAUUCUCACCUCUGAAUGCAGCCGCUAUCAGUUCCGAAACCUGGCAGAUUGCCUCCAGAAGAUUCGAGACAUGAUUGCUAAGGCCAGCCAGCCAGCCACGGAGCCGUCCAAAGAAGAUGCUGCACUGCAGAAACUCAGGAUAGAAAACAUGAAUCGCGAAAGGCUCCGAAAAAAGAGAAUGAAUUCUGCCAUCAAGACAAGCAGGAAGGUCGAUGUGGACUGA